UCUCCCAGGGUCUGUACUGUUAAGAUCAAGGUUGAAAAACAGACCCUUUCUGCGAGGCCGACUCGACCAGAAUCUGUUCACGUUUCACCACAACCCUGUGCAUGACAUGCAUAGUGUAUCAGCCUGUUCUUAUAAACUGUGCUUUUCCGACACAAGGGAACGAGAGAACCUUUGCCCCUCUUGCCGGAUGUGAAUCAUCAGUCAAUAAACCCCUUCCUCCUAUGCAUCAGCCGCCAUUUUGAACUACAGAAAGAGAGAAAUACAGUGUUCAGAUUUUGGCUAGUUUAGUAUGUUUUGGCUUCGAAUCGGAACGCCAUGGGCUCAAACUAAAAGCAACAAAGUAUUGAAACCAGCUCAGCCCAAACUAACAUCAAAUCACAGUGACAAGACGUCGCUUUUGGAGCGAACAGAGGCGGUACAAUGUUCAUCUCUGAAAUCAGUUCUUUGAAAGCCAACUCUCUAGUCUUGCACGAAAAUAUCGAACGAUUUUGCAGUUUAAGUGAUGUUUUUAAUUAAAAGGGACCUAGAUCGGAGUCUGGUAGGUCAAUGGCAGUAUGCAUGCAGCCAGCACGGCGACUUGGCAGGAUGAUCGGAAACAAACGAAUCUUCGUCUGCUGUGUGUUCCUGACGCUGGCUGCGGUUGUAUACUUCGUCGUCAAGCAACCUCAUGGUUAUCCCAUGUAUUCAGGCAGAAUACUGCAGAUGUCAGGAAAGGGAUUGGACCUUCAGGAUACAAGACAACUGUUCACCUUGAAUCCUCCAGACACCAAUCAUUCAAGAAGCUGGGAAGACGAGCAGGUACACCGUAGAAAGCUCAUAUCAGACACCUGUCGUGCUGCGAAAAAAAGAUCCAAAGACAUCUACCCACGACUGGAAUACGAUUUCAGCAAGGUCCACAGUGAACGGUGGCUGAAGUUCUUGUUAGUCGUAGACUCCCUCAAGAUGGUCUACUGCUAUGUCCCUAAAGUAGGAACGACGAGCUGGAAAAGACUACUACUCGUCCUGGAGGGGAGGGUUAACUCAACGGAGGAACUGGGUCAGAAGAAGACCCAUAACUUGACCGUCUCUUUCAUGCGGAACCUUAACUCGUACACGCCGGAGGAGGCAAAGUGGGUCCUGACCAACUACAAGAAGUUCCUCUUUGUCCGGAACCCUUUCGAGAGGAUCCUGUCUGCCUACCAGGAUAAGUUCCAGAACGACUACCCGGCCAGCAAGAUCUUCCGCACUGUGUGGAGCGAGAUGAUUAUACGGUACAGCGGAGGAGAUUUGAGUGAGGCAAGGCAGCGAAGGCAGGACGGCACGCUCAACGUCACCUUCCCGCAGUUCGCUCGCUUCGUGGCGGACUCGAAUUCAUUAGUCUCAGGAGGUCGAGUUUACAAUCAGCGAAACGAACACUGGAUGGAAGCUUACAGGGUAUGCCACCCGUGUGCCAUCGACUAUGACUGGGUCGGUCACUACGACUCCAUGCAUACUGAUGCUGACAGGAUACUCCGUGCAGUAGGGGUGGAUACAGCGGUCAGGUUCCCUAAUUUUACCACUAAUCCCACGGGUAGCUCCAGCUACGACACGCUGCGACGUUACUACUCGCAGUUGUCUACGGAGGAGAUUGUGGCCAUCUACCGCAAUUAUAUUCUGGACUUCACCAUGUUCGGCUUUGAUAUACCGGAACCCAUCAAGGCAAUUCUCGGUUAAAACAGAUUUACAACAUGUAUAUAAUUACACUUGCUCUGGAUUUCUUUUAAAUUUGAUUUUCAAAGAUUAAAAUGGUGUAUUACGUACGCAGACACAUAGUGUUAUGUAUAAUGGUAAAUGGUUGAGCUUGAACAUUAUGGGGAAAUGCUGUCUUCAAUGAUUUCUAACAUGUCUUCUGGCAAUUUAUCUUAAAAAAAAGAAAAAAAAACCCAAUUAUCUGAUGUGCGCAGGUCCAAGCCAUAAUCGCAGGAUUUUAGAAGGGUUAGGGGCGUAAAGGCCCAUGGAGUGUUUUAUGAUGUACAAACAUCUGGCUGGAGGCUCAUUUUCUUGUAGGGGCACUCGGUGUUUUUUUUUUUUUUU